AUGCUGAGUCUCGCUUGGACUCGUCGCGCCGUCGUGGAGGUGGAGGCACCACCCACCCCAACCCCAACCCCAACCUGGGGUGGCUGCUCUCUCCAUGGCCUCGACAUUGAGGUCGUGAGGGAGAAGGACGCUGUCCCUGGCGGUGGCGGCAGCGGGCUAGUUGCACUUGCAAUCCCUUCAUAUUUCUCCGGCCCCCGGCUGGCGAAGCGGCAAGAUGGAGGCUUCCCCUUGUACACGGGCUACUCGGCGGCGAGGUCCUUGGUCGGCAAGGGGGCCAUGACGGAUCUGAGAAGGCUGUCUCGUGAGGCGGAAGACAUGCUCGCCGAGUUGUUUGCUAGCAUUGAUGGCGGUGGCGGUGGCGCCCCAAACAAAAACAAGGAGGACGCGGUGCGGGCGCGGCCCAGGGUGGUGCAGCUGCGACUGUCACCGGAGCUGGCGCUGUGGAAAAGCACGCAACACGCAAUCGGCAACAUGCUGCCCACUAAGGGCGCCGGGCUGAUCCAAGCCACGCCGCAGGUUCUCGCCUUGCUGGGCGCCACCGACUGGCCUGAGGCGAUGAAAACAACCAACGCCCUAUCUGGCAGCGGCAUGGCGAACCUGCUGAUUGGCGCCUCCGACGUGCGCACCCUCUUCUCCAACUACGUGGUGGACAUGGCAUUCUACUACGAGCACGGGUACCACAAGGCGUUCCCCUCGUUCAGCCGCCUCCUGCACGAUGGGCUCGCCGACGCCCGCUCGCUACGAACCCCUGGUGGCCGGCAGCGACGCGAGGCCGUCGCGAUAGGCGCGUCCUACAUCCGAGCCAAGAUCGCGCUGGAGGCGGCGCACAAGACGCUCCUCAAGGACCGGUCGGCGCAGAUGGACCGCCGGGCCGCCCAGGUCAUAUCCCUAUGCGAGAGCAGCAUCCUUGGCAUGGGGGCUGAGGCAAUUGCCCGGGGCUUCGAUGUUGGCGCCGUCACGAGCGACCUGGUCUUCAGCUCUCCCGGCACCGAUGUCAUCGAUGUGGGCAGCGACCUGGUAAACUCCGAGGUCAUGAACUCGUUCCUCAACGUGGCCGACAUCGCCGCCUCAGGCGUCGUGAGCGAGCCGGCGCUUCGGGCCAUCUACGACGCCUACGCUGCCACGGGAGCUCGGAUGUACACCCAGAGGUGGCAUGAGCCUGUGGCCCGGAUGUGCAUCACCUUGUACACUUGGCACCUGCACAACGACCGGCACAUGUUCCUCCGCCGCGCCCUCCUUGGAUGGCCCAAGGCCCGCAAGUCCCCGGCGCAGCCCCAACGCGAGGCCGACUUCGACGAGGUCUUCGACACCGACUUUCGCACCACCGGCUUCAGCAGGCCCCUUGACCUUGAGUACGCGUGCAAUGGCGAAGAAACCUGCGACCACGUCCGGCGCUUCCUCAAAGUAAAACUAAAAGACCAAGAACUGCUUGCCGCCCUUUGGUCCUCCAUUGUCACCGGUCCGCUGGAGUACGUCCGGAAGGGCGAGGUGGACGAGCAGCGUGAGAAACACCUCAUUGAAUCCUCGCGCCUGCAAAUGGUCCACCUCUUCUCCAAGGGCCUCAUCGACGAAAUGGUCUGGCUCGUCGCCCAUGCAAGCCACCAUGCCUGGCAGGUGAACUAUCUCUUCGAGGCCGCCAUGUUUGGCAGCAUCCUGGACGGGGGCGCCAUGAUAGGCAAGCUCGAUAGGGCGGAGGAGGACUAA